CUAGGGACUUUCCUCCUCUCCAUCUAUUAUUUCAUUCCUGACGAUUCGCAGAGGAUUACCGCGCGCAGGUUAGAUGUCAACCAUGGGUUAAUUUCAAAUAUUUUCAAGCGACUGCAAGACGUGUGUUCGAGAGAUUUGGCCGAUAGACCCAUCAUACCAUUUGGAAGCCCGGGCUCUGACGUAAAAUGUGAUGAAGGCAAGUUCAAUCACAAGGCUAAGGUAAACUUCUUUCUUUUUUUUUUCCGUCCAUUUUUGGAGCCAAAGUCUAAUAUCCCGAGCCCAGAAAGAGGGAAAAAAACCUUAAAUCCUUAGAAGUUUUGCCCUCCAUUUGGUAACGGUUAGGAACGAAAAAUGGCUCUCCCGACUCCAACAGGAGACAUAAAGACAGUAUACCCAAUCAGUACUUGAGUACCUAGGUGAAACGAAAUCGAUCAAUGUUACUAUACUCUUAAAUAAAAAUCGAAAUUCAACAAUAAUUCAAAUAAAGUGUCGUUGCAGUUACAGAACCAAAGGGGGAAAAAAUAAAAAACGAAAAUUAUUUUCUAAUCUGUUUUUAGUUCUGUCACGUGCUGCGUGGUUAUUAAAAUUAGCCACGAAAAAAAAAAUACGUGUGAUCUAAAAUAACCUUCAAUUAAUUAUUACAGGCCACUGGGAUUGGCUCUCCUACUUCAUCAUCUCUCGUCAUGAAUUUAUCACGGGGUGGUGGGGGGAAUUUUAUGCGAAGGUGCUCCCCCCAAUGUUCAAUGCCUCUUCUAUACCAUUUCAUAUUCGUUCCAUUGGUAAAUAUUACUCCUUUCACGUACCUGCUUAAUACCUCAUUAGUCGUAUGACGAUUGUCUAACGAUUAAAUGGUACAGCCAUAAAGUGCAUCCGUAACUAAAAUAUAUUUCAUUUGAGGACCAUUUUUAUCCCUAAACAACAGGUUUCUCUACCUUUUCAAACACCUCGACAUAGGGAAAACCCCACUCUGUCAAACUACUGUGGACUGAAAAAGGUACUCCUUUCGGGCGGAUCCUCCCCGUAUAGGUAAUGGUAAUGAGUCCACACCCAACCCCCCUCCCAUCGAAAAAUGGGUUCAAGAGGUUAGAAUUGACAGUUAUUGGGAACAUGCUGAUUCUUACUACAACCGAUUAUAAACAUUAUAAUACUGUGAAUUUCUUUUUUUCCAGUACGGUAGGGGAAGGAGAGCAGCACGAGAUGUGUGGGUAUUUGGAAUAGUGUCGUGCGACUACAAUGCGGCGAGAGGCUAUUUUCAGGUAGUGGAUAGA